UUAAAUAGCAUGCGAAUAAAUUCAGAUUCAGUAUUUCAAAAUAGCAUGGCAAAAGCAAUCUUUAUUAUAUUACUCCAUUUCUGGGUUUAUUGGUUUCCAGCAUAUGCGACCGUCAAGUUUGGAAAUGUUAACUGCUCCGCAGAUCAAACUGACGUGCUCAGUAUGGAGGAGUGCCGAAUAAAGGCUAUAAAUCGCAAUCUCAAUAUGAUUAAAAUCAGAUUUUUGCUAAAACAAAAAAUUUCAGAGCUUCAGAUGAAUUUUCAAUUUUUUAAACGUGAACGGGGUGGCUGGCAUCCAUUUCUAUAUAAUAUUAAUGUAAAUAUGUGCGAGUUUUUCCAACGGCCUAAUAGAUUUCUGGUGUUGAAUACAUUCUUCAAAUUUUGCAAAAAGUAUACAAGUUUGAAUCAUACCUGUCCCUAUAUGCCAAAUGAAUCAAUUGAAAUAAUGAAUUAUACAAUAAAUGAGAAAGAUAUCUUACAAAAAUUUCCUGUUGAGUCCGGAGUAUAUGCAUUGCGCAUAAUCUGGUAUCACAAUAAAAAAUCUCUAUUACAAAUCAAUGGCACAGUGGAUUAUACCGAAUAGGACAUGGACACAAAUAUAAAAGUAUAUGUAUUAUUAUUUUCAUAUUUUUUGGUGUUUGAUAUUGGAAUAUUUCAGCUUAAAAAAAGAAUAUAAUAAAAUGUAAUUUGACUAA